ACGGGGAGAGAGAGAACCUAUCUCAUUUCUAAAGCCUCAGAGUAGGUUGAAAACUUAAUUGUGGAUCAAGAGAAAAUGGUGAUCUUAGGAGCUUUCUUUGGUUUGCUUGUAGCGUUCUUGAUCAUUUGCAGUGCUCUGCUGAAAUGGAAUGAGCUUCGAUAUCGAAGGAAAGGACUCCCACCGGGGACCAUGGGCUGGCCAUUGUUUGGAGAAACCACAGAGUUUCUUAAACAAGGGCCAAGCUUUAUGAAGAAUCAGAGAGCGAGGUAUGGAAAUUUGUUCAAGUCCCAUAUAUUGGGGUGUCCAACUGUUGUAUCCAUGGAUCCAGAGAUCAACAAAUACAUUCUGAUGAAUGAAGGAAGAGGACUUGUCCCUGGAUACCCUCAAUCUAUGCUGGAUAUGUUAGGAAGAUGCAACAUUGCAGCGGUGACUGGCUCCCUUCACAAGGCAAUGAGAGGUUCUAUACUUGGUCUCAUUAGUCCCGCAAUCAUCAGGGAGCAACUCAUUGUGAAAAUUGAUCAGUUCAUGAGAUCGCACCUUAGUGAUUGGAACGAUAAAGUUAUCGACAUCCAAGAGAGAACCAAGGAGAUGUGGUUGUUCUCGGCAUUGAAGUUGGUUGCUGGCAUAGAAAGUGGUCAAUUUUCCAAAGCCAUGGGAUCUGAGAUCAAUAAGCUUAUUAUAGGAACUCUUUCCUUGCCUAUCAAUUUGCCUGGUACAAGCUACCAUCAGGGACUGCAGGCAAGAAAGAAGAUUGUGAGCAUGCUCGAAAGAAUUAUUGAGGAGAGAAGAGCUUCGAAAAGAACUAGCAAUGACAUGCUCGAUGCCCUCCUCUUCAGUAAUGAUGAUUCAAGAGCAAAUCUCGAUGAUGAACAGCUUAUGGAUCUCAUAAUCACUUUCAUCUACUCUGGUUUUGAGACUGUAUCUACCACUUCAAUGAUGGCCGUCAAGUAUCUUCAUCAACACCCGAAAGUCCUAAAAGAAUUAGUGAAGGAACAUGUGGAGAUCAGAAGAAGGAAACUCCCAGACGAGGCAAUUGACUGGAAUGAUUAUAAAUCCAUGACAUUAACUCGUGCUGUAAUCAUUGAGACCUCGAGACUAGCCACAGUUGUUAAUGGAGUGUUGAGGAGGACAACUCAAGAUAUGGAAAUAAAAGGAUACACUAUUCCAAAGGAUUGGAAAAUAUAUGUGUACAUAAGAGAGAUCAAUUAUGACGCGUUUCAGUAUCCAGAUCCCUUUACCUUUGAUCCAUGGAGAUGGCUGGGUAAAAACCAGGAAUCUCACCCGUAUUUUAUGGCAUUCGGAGGAGGAACCAGGCUUUGCCCGGGGAAGGAGUUGGGAAUUGUAGAAAUAGCCGUAUUUCUUCAUUAUUUUGUAACGAGAUACAGGUGGGAAGAAGUUGGAGGGGAUAAAUUGGUGACGUUUCCAAGAGUCGAAGCGCCUAAUGGACUGCACAUUCGGGUGUUGGAGCGAUGAUUUCAUCUCAUCAUACAAAGAUAUAGACAGGCUUACUAACAAUUAAUAAAUGGCAAAAAAAUGUACCUUCCUUCUGUAGUGGAAUAAAUAAUAUAUAGAACUUGCCAGUUCUGAUCACCAACAUUGUAGCCUUGUUAAUUUAAGAUUUUUUUUACUUAGCUAUUUAUACUAGUAUACUACUAUU